AUGCCUACAGAAUCCACAUUCCCCAGCAUACCCAUCCCGGAUGUCGAUCUCUGGACCUUUAUGUUCGAGAGGAAGCCGGAGGAAAGGCAAUAUCCUGAUGAUAGAGUGAUCUAUAUCGACCCCGAUACCAAGCGUAGCUACACCUACGCCCAAGUCCGCAGCGUCGCCCUCGACUUUGGAAAAGGUCUCAAAGCAAAUUGGGGCUGGGAGAAAGGCGAUGUGUUAGCAUUUUAUACCCCGAAUUGCAUCGACACCCCAGCCGUAACAUGGGGCACACACUGGGCCGGCGGAGUGCUGUCGCCAGCAAAUCCAGGAUACACAGCGGAGGAACUGGCAUUCCAGUUGAAGGACUCGGGGGCCAAGGCCUUAAUUACCCAGAAACCCUUCUUAAGUGCAGCGCGGGAAGCCUGCCAAAAAGUUGGAAUUCCUGAUGAUAGGAUUAUCCUCAUGGGCGACGAGAGGGACGUGACGGGGCGAUUCAAGCACUUCUCGAGUAUCAGGAAUAUAUCCGGCGUGUCACGGUUCAGGAAAGUGAAGUUGAAUCCGAAGAAAGAUCUCGCAUUUCUGGUAUACAGUUCUGGCACGACAGGGCACCCCAAAGGCGUCAUGCUUUCACACACCAAUAUUGUGUCAAACGUGCUGAUGGGAUAUCAGGGGGAAGGAGGAAAUCUGUCUUGGAAAGGAGGGAAGGAUAAUCAGGGGGAUAGGAUUCUAGCCUUCCUGCCCUUUUUCCACAUUUACGGCCUCACAUGUCUCGUCCACCAAGCCCUAUACUCCGGCUGGACCCUCGUCGUAAUGCCCAAAUUCGACCUCGAGAGGUUCUGCACGCACAUUCAAAACUACCGCAUAACAUUUGCCUAUGUGGUCCCGCCCGUGGUCCUCGCCCUGGGCAAGAGUCCAGUAGUGUCCAAAUACGACCUCUCAUCCAUCCGCAUGCUGAACUCGGGCGCUGCACCCCUAACCCGCGACUUAGUAGAAGCCGUCUGGAAACGGCUAAAGAUCCCCAUAAAGCAGGGCUACGGUUUGUCCGAGACCUCACCGACAACACACACUCAACGCUGGCAAGACUGGCAAGCGACCAUCGGCUCGGUAGGCUACCUCCUUCCCAACCAGGUCGCGAAAUACAUGUCUGCCGAUGAAACGGAAGUUCCCGCCGGCCAAACAGGCGAGCUCUGGAUUAAGGGUCCCAACAUUUUCCUGGGGUACCUUAACAAUCCCGCUGGCACGGCUAAUGCCCUUACCGCUGAUGGGUAUUUCAAAACUGGCGAUGUGGGCCAUCAAGAUAAAGCUGGGAACUUCUUUAUCACAGACCGGGUCAAGGAACUCAUCAAAUACAAAGGCUUUCAAGUACCUCCAGCAGAACUGGAAGGCCUCCUGUUAGGACAUCCCGAUGUCGACGAUGCAGCGGUUAUUGGCGUGUAUAACGCCGAGCAAGCCACGGAGGUUCCGAGGGCUUAUGUGGUUCCGAGGAAAGGAAUUGAGGGAACUAAAGAGAAGGAGAGGGAUAUCAUGCAAUGGAUCGAAAAGAAGGUUGCGAGUCACAAGAAGCUAAGGGGUGGUGUUGUUUUUGUUGACGAUGUUCCGAAGAGUGCCAGUGGGAAGAUUUUAAGGAGGGUGUUGAAGGAGAGAGUGCUGGAGGAGCAGAAGAAGGCGCUCAAGGCUAAGUUAUAG